UUCCGCGAGAAUCGUCGUUCGAAUCAAAAGUGCGCCACGCCACAAAAAAGGCAACUGCGGACGGGAAAGCGAGAUAAAGAUUGUAAGCUCCAACACACGGAAACCGAAGCGAUAAUGGGCAGCCAGCAAAGCCAGCUCAGCGAGGUCAUGGAGACGGUCACCAAUCCAGCUGACGAAGUGCUGACCUCCACUGCCGUGCCCAAACCUUUAAAGUCCAGCCUGACCAAUAGUAAGCUAGGGCCCGCCUGGGUCUACAUCUUUAACCACGAGCGUUUUGAUAACAAUAACGAGUUCCGCAUGGGCAGUGCCCAGGAUGUGAAUGCCCUGCGCGCCGCAUUCGAGCAACUCAAGUGCAAGGUGGAGGUCAUCACAGACGCCACUCUGGCCACCGUCAAGCAGACGGUCAAGAUGCUUGAAGCCAAGGACUUUGAGGAUAGGAGCGCUCUGGUCCUGGUGGUGCUCAGUCAUGGAUCGCGCAACGAUAGACUGGCGGCGAAGGAUUACGACUACUCCCUGGACGACGACGUGCUCUUCCCAAUCCUGCGCAACCGGACGCUCAAGGACAAGCCCAAGCUGCUUUUCGUGCAGGCCUGCAAGGGCGCCAACAAUCUGGGUGGUUUCAUGACAGAUGCCGUCCAGCUCAACGGGUCCCCCAACGAGAUUCUCAAGUGCUACAGCACCUACGAGGGAUGUGUCUCCUAUCGCACGGAGGACGGUACUCCAUUUAUUCAGACGCUGUGUGAGGUUCUCAAUCGGAAGGGCAAGACUUCAGACAUCGACACCAUCAUGACGGACGUGCGGCGCGUGGUGAAAGCGCUAAUCAAGUGAGUUAUCCAAAUGUACAACGUUGGUUAUCCAAAUAUACAUAAUUACAUGUGAUCA